CUGCCCUCCUGGCUCGUGCUUCCUUUUAAAGCAAACGGAAACAGUAUGUCAUUACCCACUCGGCCAGAGGACGGGACGCGGUGAAGAGUUGCUGUGUCACUCAUUCUACCCCCUUUCCUGUCGUCACCCCCCAUUGUCCUUGUUGUUUAGUUGCAUUUGCAUUUGUAUUAGUUCGUUUAGACGGUUAGCUAGUUUCAGUCAUGUAUCGGUAUUUCGGGGAGCUGCUGAGCCGCUCUGCGGGUAGUGCCCUGGCCUCGGGGUGCGUUGACUCCGCUCUCCCAGUGUCCUCGUCCCUGAUGCGGGUCCGUAGCUAUGCCGACGCAGCGGACAAGCCUGACGACCCCAACUUCUUCAGGAUGGUCGAGGGCUUCUUCGACCGUGGCGCCAGCAUCGUGGAGGACAAGCUGGUGGAGGAUCUGAGGACGAGGGAGACCCUCGAGCAGAAGAGGAACCGUGUGCGUGGCAUCCUGCGCAUCAUCAAGCCCUGUAAUCACGUCCUGAGCGUGUCUUUCCCCAUCAGGAGGGAUAACGGAGAGUGGGAGGUGAUUGAGGGGUACCGCGCCCAGCACAGCCAGCACAGGACACCCUGCAAAGGGGGUAUCCGUUACAGUACAGAUGUGUCUGUGGAUGAGGUCAAAGCCCUGGCUUCUCUGAUGACCUACAAGUGUGCUGUUGUUGAUGUGCCAUUUGGAGGAGCCAAAGCUGGAGUCAAGAUCAACACCAAGAAUUACUCCGAUAAUGAGCUGGAGAAGAUUACCAGGAGAUUCACUAUUGAGCUGGCCAAGAAGGGGUUUAUUGGACCUGGCAUCGAUGUCCCGGCCCCAGACAUGAGCACAGGAGAGAGGGAAAUGUCCUGGAUCGCCGACACAUACGCCAACACCAUUGCACACACUGACAUCAACGCGCAUGCAUGUGUGACAGGAAAGCCCAUCAGCCAGGGAGGAAUCCAUGGACGUAUCUCAGCCACUGGUCGUGGAGUUUUCCACGGCAUCGAGAACUUCAUCAACGAGGCGUCCUACAUGAGCAUGCUGGGCCUGUCACCUGGCUUCCAGGACAAGACCUUUGUCAUCCAGGGCUUUGGUAAUGUGGGUCUCCACUCCAUGAGGUACCUGCACAGGUUUGGGGCCAAGUGUGUGGGCAUCGGUGAGAUUGAUGGAGCCAUCUACAACCCAGAGGGCAUUGACCCCAAACAGCUGGAGGACUACAAACUGCAACAUGGCACCAUUGUGGGCUUCCCAGGAGCCAAACCCUACGAAGGGAAUAUUUUGGAAGCCAACUGCCACAUCCUGAUCCCUGCUGCCGGAGAAAAGCAGCUCACGCGUGUCAACGCCCCCAGGAUCAAGGCCAAGAUCAUUGCUGAAGGUGCCAACGGCCCCACCACCCCAGAUGCUGACAAGGUCUUCCUGGAAAACAAUGUCAUGGUUAUUCCUGAUAUGUACCUGAAUGCUGGCGGCGUGACAGUGUCUUAUUUCGAGUGGCUGAAGAAUCUCAACCAUGUCAGCUAUGGAAGGCUGACCUUCAAAUAUGAGAGAGACUCAAACUACCACCUGCUCAUGUCUGUGCAGGAAAGUUUAGAGAGGAAGUUUGGCAAGCAGGGAGGACCCAUCCCCGUCGUACCUACUGCUGACUUCCAGGCCAGAGUUGCUGGAGCCUCUGAGAAGGAUAUUGUUCACUCUGGGUUGGCCUACACCAUGGAGAGAUCUGCCCGGCAAAUCAUGCGCACAGCAACCAAGUACAACCUUGGUCUGGACCUUCGGACGGCCGCCUACGUCAACGCCAUCGAGAAGGUCUUCAAGGUCUACAACGAGGCUGGGCUUACCUUCACAUAAAUGGCCAAUCACACACCACCCCCACCCCACCUUCCUGCUAUUGAUCACCCUCUCUUGCCUUGUUCCACCCUCUAAACCGCCUUCAGAACAUAUCAGUUUACCGCUGCUCUUUGGCUCUUCUACACACACGUACACACAAACACACUGCGAGACAUUGGCUAGACUGGUAUUUAUCCUGAUCUAUUAUGCUGCCAUUAUACUGUAUCUGCAUCUAUGUUUAAAUGUUGCCCUCUUCUUGUUUUUGCCUGAGGUUGUAUUGAGAAAAAGCAGAGAGAGAGAGAGUAACAUCAUGUCUCUCCAGCAGCCCUAAUAUAAAUGUUCAUGAUCUUGUUGUAUGGCAGACAUGUUCAGAAUGCCCAUUUUGUGAUUGCUGAUGCACCCGUGACCCUCUGCUACGACUGUUUAGUUGACAGCACUACAGAUGCCUUAUUUCAGAAAGAGGUCUGCUCUAAAAGGGAGAUGGCCACUUAAAUUUAACUUUAAUUCAAAGGGAUUUAGAUUUAACUUCAUGUGAAUAAAAGAGAAUAGUAAUUUUAUUACUCUUGAGUUUGUCCUCACUAUUCAGGUGUAAAGGUUAGUAGUGAAGUUGCCAAGGUUAAAGAUUCCAUACAAGGAUUUUUUUUUUCUUAGUUAGUGUUUUUUACUGUUGAAGAUUCAAAAGAUGCUUCCCUUCCCCCCCUAUUUUUACCUGCUUUUCCAUCGCUUCAUCUCAUAUAUUAAAAGCCGCUUCUCCCCGACUCCUCCGCUGGCCAAGAAAGGGGAGCAGGGAGGGCGGGAGGUGUCACUGUGACUGCCCGUCCCAUGGUUGAAUUUUCUUCAGUUUUACUCGUCCAGUUCCUCAACAUUAAAAUUAUUUUGGAGGAAAUUACUUUUUAUUUGUAUUCAUUAUUUUGAAACCAAUAAAAUGUUCAGCAGAAGA